AUGUCUUUGGCAGCUAUACCUAUUCCAGGUCCAAUAAAAAAUAUAUUCACAACUUUCCCAUUAACAACGUAUGAUCCAGAAAAUAUUAAAGAUGUAGCUUUGGAAAAUGAACUGGACAGAAAAACAUAUGUAUUUGAAAAUGCUAAGAAUGACGUCACUUCGCAGAAUUCAUUUACACUUUUAAUUAAAGAAAAACCUAUCACAUGGAAACAAUCUCCAGUAUAUAUUUGUAUGGAUCCUAUCGAAUUAUUUUUACAAUUAAGUUUAUGCCAUAAGAAUGAAAUCACAUUACCAUUAUCACAUCAGAAUCACGAACAAAAAAAUACCCAGAGCCAAAAGAUGAUGGUAGUAGAUAGACCAAACUUGCCAUCAUUGAUAGUAAAUAAUCAAAUGAUAUACAAAGAUAAACUUCUUUCUAACUUAAGAUUGAGAUUUGUUGGUAUACAAGCACAGUUGGCUCAAUUAUUAGAUACUGAUUUAUAUCCAUUUUUUGAGAACAGACCAUUAACACCGAAUGAUCUUAAAAGAGCCAAACAAACAUUGUUACAGUUUACUAAAUUCGUGGAGUCCAAUGGAUAUGAUGAAAAUACAUUGGAUUAUUUAGACAUGAAGUUAACAAGUUAUAUCUUAACUUUGCUUUAUUCAAUUAAAGUAUCGCAAGAUAUAAAACAAUUCAUUAAGGAAAAAUGUCCAAAAUUGAAAAUAAUGGCCAUUACUACAUUAAAAAAAUUGAACCCAAAAUUGCAGCCUUAUUAA